GAAAAUGCGGCCAAACCAUUCACAGGAUCCGACUCGAGAAGCUGCCAGGAGCCAGCGGAACCCGGAGGAGUGGGUGGUAACGCUAGGACCGGAUGUGACGCAGGGGGUGGAGCUACGCAGGGCGGAAGCCUGGCAGGAGGCGAAGAUGGCGGAAAGCAGCGGUCGCACAGGCAAGAGCAGCGGGAGCGGCGCGGGGAAGGGGGCGGUGUCGGCCGAGCAGGUAAUUGCUGGCUUCAACCGCCUUCGGCAGGAACAGCGGGGCCUGGCAUCCAAAGCAGCUGAACUGGAGAUGGAGUUGAAUGAGCACAGCCUAGUGAUUGACACACUGAAGGAGGUAGAUGAAACUCGCAAGUGCUUCCGCAUGGUUGGAGGUGUGCUGGUGGAGCGGACUGUCAAAGAGGUGCUGCCUGCCUUGGAGAAUAACAAGGAGCAGAUACAGAAGAUCAUUGAGACACUGACCCAGCAACUUCAGGCAAAGGGAAAAGAACUCAAUGAAUUCCGGGAAAAGCACAACAUUCGUCUCAUGGGGGAAGAUGAGAAGCCAGCAGCCAAGGAAAACUCGGAAGGGGCUGGGGCUAAAGCCAGCUCAGCUGGAGUAUUGGUCUCCUAGGGACCAGGCUUCUGUAUUUUUUUCUACCCUGACUCCCACUUCUGAUUUCUCUUUAUUGUUAUUAUUAGUAUUAUUUUCUCUGCUAUUGUAAUAUUUUUUUGUUCUUGAUUAAAUGUUUUGGUCAGAAUGCUUAGCUGUAGCCUGAAACUUUAUUCUAAUUUAAGGACAAAG